AAAAGGUUUUGUGAAGCUGCUGCUUACAGCUCUAUUGUUUACAACACAGGAUGUGCUACUGAGCUAGAGUGGAGGAGGCUUGCAGAGAAGUCAGCCUCCAGUUCCGACAUCGUAACGCAGGGGUGCUCCGUUAGAUGCUCCCUGUUCACUGCUGAGAUGCUAGGUUUUCUUUGGGAACUAGCACUCACGCCGAUCUAUGUGUUGCCCUGCACGAAGGACGGGCCAGGUUACCCGUAAAUGAGAAAAGACAGACUGAGUCUGAGGGCAGGUUCACCGGUUGGAGAGUAUUCAACUGCCUAGAUUUGGUGGCUGGGGUGUUCGACGCUAGUGGGGAGGACAGCGGAGGUAGAAGAAAGUGUGACCGUUCUGUAUGAAUAGUAUCAUUAACUGCUGAGCUGAAUACAUUUGAAGAGCCUUGUUGUGAAAAUUUGUGAGGACUUAUACAACGCACUUUUGGCAUUGAAGACACAAUGAGCGCCAUAAAAUGUGUGCUUGUGGGUGAUGUAAAGGUGGGAAAAACAUCAUUGCUGGUAAGAUUUACUUCAGAGACUUAUCCAGAUAUUUACAAGCCCACAGUUUAUGAUAACACCGGAGUGGAUGUGUUUAUGGAUGGAACUCAGAUCAGCCUGGGACUCUGGGACACAUCAGGAAAUGACUCGUUUCAAGGGAUCCGACCUCUUUCUUACCAGCAAGCCGAUGUGGUGUUAAUUUGCUAUUCUGUAGCAAACCCCAUGUCAUACUUGAACGUUAGGAAUAAAUGGGUGCCAGAAGUCCGAAACUUUCUACCGAAGACCCCAAUAUUGGUGGUUGCCACACAAACAGACCAACGAGACAUGGGGACUUUUCGCACCAUCACAGCCGUCGAUGGUAAGAGGCUGGCAAGAGAGGUUAGAGCACAGCAUUACCUGGAGUGUUCAGCCAUUGCUAAUAGAGGAGUUCAAGAAGUGUUUGAAUGUGGAGUGAGGACUGCUGUUAGAUAUAUAAAAAAGCAAAGCAGGAAGAAGAUCAUAGACCUCAAUAACUGUGUGAUAGCCUGACUUCUUCGACUUGACUGAUACAGUAAUUUGAAUUGUUUGAUUGCCCAGUUUCCAACAGUUGCAAACUGUCAUCAACAAAACAUUCAAGCUGGCUACGCUGAUCGUGGUAUCUGGGCUUAUUUUGUUUCUUGUCCAUUUAUGAUCCGUAGUAGUAAGGCUCUGAUUAACAUCUGCUGGAGUUCUUUAAUCCAUUAGGAAAGCACAUGAACAAUAUAUCUGAGAGGAACAAACUUCAGAUUUGACUGACGUGGUAGUUAAUCACUAUGGAAAGAUGUCUGCCAGUCUCGUUUUGAGUUAUGAACUGUAUUUAGUUUGAACUAUACAGAGCACCAUGCCUGACAUCUUAAGGACGAAGACAGUGUAUUAAUGACUCGCUAACCAGCAGUCAGAAGAAAUCCCACCAUGCACACAGGGAAUUUAAUCUGAAAAUAGUCUCAAUAUCAGGAAUUAUGAAAUGACUGGAUUAUCGUAAAACCGUUCUGGUUCACUAAUGCCUAUUGGAGAAAGAGCCUGCCAUCCAGAUCAUUCAAUCCAGCUGCCUCAGUUCAUGGACAGUAAGAGAUGGACAGUAAAUUUCAGAACUGCCAAUGAUGCUCACAACUUGUGAAGAAAUGCCUACAAAAGCAUAUAGUGUAAGACUGUACUUAGCACUUUCUGUAAAGUGCGGCGAAAGUAGAAAUCCAUACUGAACUUCUGGUUAACUGUUCAGUUUUGUUGACUGAUAUUUAAUAAUUUUAUACUUCAUCUUGUUUCUCUUGAAGUAGAAUUACUGGUUUAACAUUUUACUUUGUAAUACUAUUCCAUUUGUUUACAGA